GUUAUUUUAUGUGCAAUGUGUUGAUCGUAUCUAGUUGUGUCUAGUUGUGUCGGCUUAAUCUUAAAUUAUUUUAUUACCAGAUUUAUAUUCAUUAUAAAUUCAUUUUGUUUCUAUUAAAAUAAUUACCUUAAAAACAACGAUAAAAUAUCAGCAAUCCAAUUUUGUUUUAUUUAAUUAAAUAUUAUAAAAUCGUUAGAAAAAAAAAAAAAAAAAAAAAAAACAUUGAAAUCACAAGUGAGUAAAUCUCGGCUUAAAUACCGGCGUCAGUUUUUCAGUUUUCAAGUAUUCAAGUGCAUCAGACGUUAAUCUCAAAGUGACAAUUACCAUGUGACUCAUAACCACUUACAUUAAUUUAUUGGCUUACAAAGGUCUUUUUUUAAAACUAUACCAACUAAAUCUUUAAUUUCUUCUUCUUUGUUACUUUUUAUUUAAAAAAAUUUAUAAAAUAGUGCAGAUGAAAAAUAUAUAAUUAAAAUGUAAAAUCGGGGUUAAAUCCCAUAAUACGAUGUAGUUACUAGAUGCAGUUAAAAAUAUAUAUUGAGGAAAAAGUUUAAGCCAUGUCAUGUUUACAUCAUAGAUUUUGUUACAUUGAACGAGCGCAUAACAAAUUUGAAAACUAUCAUAAUAAAUAUCACGUAUUUGUGAGACUAAUUGAACGAUGCAAUCAAUUCCAAUACGAAUCAAUCAACGAGAAAAAUAAUUAAAGUUAAUAUUUAUUAUUAACAAAUAAUAACUACUGAAUUAAACUGAAUAUUAUGUCACUAAGAAUGGAAUUGGCGAGCUAUCGAAGUGCAGAUCCGAGAGUUCGCGUGAGGAAACGAGCUGAAUUAGGAAAACGACUUACCAGAAGGUUGUCUAUGGUGGCAAAGGCACCAGCAGCUUUUCUCCAACAAGCUAAUCAUCCAGGUCCUAGGCCUAUUGAGAUAAUUGCUAUUGCACCUGAUAAAACUCAGCUAACGCUUCCAGCGAUAUCACCGGGACCAGUAUCUGCGCUCGUGGCCCCAGUGUUGCUUAAAUAUCGCGUAUGUAGACCGCGAUUGCUCUUGGCUGGUUCAAGAGCCGAGGUCGAUCCUGCUGCAGAUGUUGCUCUUCUUCAUGGUGAAGUUUUACUUAUCGAGGACGCUGCCAGACAGUACAAUCUCAUCGGUGAUACAGACAGAAGGUAUCGAGCGACAGAAAAAUUACUUCAUGCAGAAGAUGAAUUUUAUGAAAUUUUAUCGAGCGCUAAAGAAUUGUAUGCACGUCCAUUGGCGCGAAAUUAUCCACAUUAUCAUGAUGUAAUUUUUAAACCACUUGCUGACCUUGCGUGCGUCAGUCGGGAUCUUUCUGAUAGGCUUCAAAAGGCUCUGGACAGUUGGAAUUCAGAAACUGCAAAAUCAAGUGAAUUAUUCCCCGCCUCUUUCUGGUUGUCUUACUGGGAAUACUUAGAAGCCUACGUUGAGGCAAGGCGGACAUUGGAUGCACUUAGAGCUGUUGCUGAUCCGUUACUUGAUUUUUUGAGACUUAAGCAAGCGGCUGCGCGACAUUCGCCCUCGGCUCUACUUCUUCUGCCGGUUCAGAGGCUCGCUGAGUACGAGCGAUACUUGGGCCAAGAAGCACGUACACUAAUAGAGUCUAAUAGUAAUAAUAAUAAUAAUAAUAAUAAUAAUAAUCAUCAUCAUCAUCAUAAUAAUAAUAAUAAUAAUAAUAAUAAUAAUAAUAAAACGAACAUAACCAGCGGCGCAGUUCUUCAACGUGCCCAACUUGAGGGUGACCUUCACCGCAUCCAAGAACUAUUUCCGGGCGACAACCUGCGUUUACAUGAGCGAGAUGUCCUCACGACGAAAAUGAAGAGUCUGAUACGUAAAAGAAAUGGACCAAAUCCCGGUCGACUGACUCGUGCAUUGUCACAAAAAAAUCUUCAGAAUAUCAGCAACUCACCAGUACCAGCGACAAAAUCAUCACCACGGACAUUUUUACUGGAGACGCCAGUACAAUUUACCACGGGUAUGCAGUCCCAAGACCGGCAUCUUUUUCUCUUCUCGGAUCUGCUGUUGAUUGCCAAAGCACGAAGUGGUGGAAAUUUUAAACUCAAGCAGACAGUGAAGAUGAGCGAACUUUGGCUAACCGCAGGACACAUUGAAGAUGUUGCUGAGUCGAACAAAUCUCAAGAAACAAGCUUUGUUCUCGGUUGGCCUACGACAAAUGUUGUUGCAACCUUCAUGACUGCAGCUGCCAGAGAUUUAUGGUGGGGACGUUUGACAGAAUUGGUACGGGAAGAAAGUCUGAAAGAACCACCAGACACCAAUAUCCAAGUUGUUUAUCACGACAAUGACACAAACACAGAAUAUUGCAAGACAAUAAUGGUGAGCUCAGAGAUGACAGCCGCGACAUGCGUGAGUCUAGCGACCAGACUAUUGGAUCUUCAAGGCCCCUUUCAGCUUUGGGCAAGAACUUGUGCUGACGAAGCCCCUUACCCUCUUAUAGGCCAUGAGAGGCCUUUUGCAAUAAAGCUCUCUAAUUUACGACACACACUGUCAACUGAAGAAGGAUUUGAUCUGGAGCACUGCAACAAAAGUGGCCAUGACACUUGUCAUUUUAUUUUGCGACCAAUUCUCAAGUCACCAAUAAAAAAAAAUAAAUCAAAAAUCACUGGAUUACUUAGACGAUCAUUGUCAUUAAAUCCGAGUAUUUUUGGUGUUAAUUUAUCACGAUUAGACGAAAAUGGUUUACCUAAACCAGUACUAGUGAUGCUUCAGCAAUUAUUUGCAAAAGGUCCUUUUACUCAAGGAAUAUUCCGUAAGUCAGCAAACGUUCGGAUUGUUAGAGAGCUUCGAGAUCAAAUUGAAUCAACUGGCGACUCAAGUUGUUUAGAAGAUGCGCCAAUUAUUGCCGUUGCUGCAUUACUAAAAGAUUUUUUACGAUCAUUACCCGAUCCACUGCUUACGUCUCAUUUAUUUCCACUCUGGAUGGCCAGUUUAGAAUCAAAAAAUUCUGUACAGACUAUCAAAAGCAUUCUUGAUCGACUGCCAAAAGCCAAUUACACUCUUUUAUCUCAUUUGGUGUGCGUGCUUCAUCACAUAGCCCGUCGUUCAAAGCAUAAUUUGAUGUGUGCAAGUAAUUUAGGCGUCUGUUGUGGACCAAGUCUUCUUUGGUCAUCAAAUCCGACAGUCAAUCAGAGUCGUGCCAUUCCAGCACUUACAGAGAUGUUGAUUCGUCACUGUGAAGUGUUGUUUGGUGACGCUGUGACUCAGCUAUUUGGCGAGGAACGCAGUGACAGCGGAGCUGAAGAGAGCACUGACAGUUUACACUCAGGUGGGCUUUCGUUGGACAGUUUGGAUUUAACAGAACCUCCACGCAAGGAUCACAUGUCACUGUCACGUGAUUCAGGACUGACAUUGUCAGAUUGUCAACUUUUCAUACCCGAAUCACCAGUCGGCUCAGAAGACUCUGCAGUAAAUGCAUCAACUUCAAGUUUUGACAAGUCAUCAGCAGACAAAGACAAGUGUCUCAAUAAAUCUUAUAUUCGUGUCUACAAUGGCUGGGAGGAUCGACUAAAUAGUUAUACAACAACAACAACAACAACAACAACGACGACGCCAACAACGACACCAACAACGACGACAACGACAACCUCAAGUCCAACUGCUACCAAAAAUCAACAGAAUAAUGAACUUUGUCGCGAUGACAAACUUAACUAUCCAAAUCCAAAUUUUCAACGACAAGAUUGGCUACGUGCCCAACUUAAACGAACUCCUAGAACUAAACUAGAAGACGAUCAACGCAAAGAACGUUUUGACGACAAGGAUAUUUUCAGUCGUGACUACUUACGUCAGGCGUCUAUAAAAGAAAAUGUAGAAAACUGCAAAGAAAUUGUUUUUAGAACACAACAGCAGCAACAGCAACAGCAACAACAACAAAAUGGAGAUUCAUGUCUUGAAAGUCGUAUCUCUAAUCACGAUUCCGAACAGAGUUCUACUGGUGAGUCUACUAUCUCAUCAGAGCGUAGUCACAGUUAUGAUUUUAAAAAAGAACGUUUUGAUUUAAAAAAAAUAAAAUCAGACUAUUCUUCUUCUGGUUGUGAUCAAUCACCAGUGUCCUCCUCACAAAAUGGGAGCUAUCACUCAACUGGAGAUUUGUAUGAAUUUAAAAAAGUAUUGACUAAACAUGAAACUAGAUUAGAAAAUAAUAAUAUUUAUGGAAAUCGUGAGACAUUAACUGAAAUUUAUAGUACACGAAAGAGUAGUGAUAUUUAUAAAUUCAAACAAUCUGAAACAAUUGAGGUAUUUUGUGAUGAGACUGAUGAUGAUACACGUACAUGGCCUGAUACUCCACCACCACUGCCACCCCGAUUGAGGCAUCUGCCUCCAGUGCACAUGAGUCUUGAGGAUCGACACAAAAUCACCGGUAGAUCACGGUCUUUGCCACCCCCGCCACCUUACCGACCUCCGCCCCAACCGCGAGCUCCCAUUACCACAAGACAUCUUGGCUAUCCUCGAUCGAUUAUUGACGACGAGAGUUAUGUUUAAAUUAUUAUUAUUAUUAUUAUCGUUAUUUUAAAUUUAUCUGCUAUCUAAACUACUUGGCUAAUUAUUUGUUAACAUUUUUAAGUUUAAUAUAUAGUUAUUAUUAAUAAAUAAAAACGUAAAAGUGUUAAUAAAUAAAGAUAAUAAUAAAUAAUAAAUUAUCUCCAAGUAGUUUAGAGAUAGUAAAUAUAUAAAAAAUAAAAAAUAAAUUAUUUUUAAUAAGGAGCUCAAAAGUACUCGUUGUAAUAAAUGAGUCUUGUAACUAAACCUAGUCCGAAUUAGCCCCGAUGGUCGUAGUGGACAGAAUGGAUUUAUAUGUGUGACAAUUAUUAUUCAUUAUUAGUUUACUUUACGUAAAUCAAAUCAGUGAGUUGAAUACAAAAAAAAAGAGACUUCUCAAUUAAUUUAACGACAAUUAUGUUUUUUGUUAUUAUUUGUAUGAUUCAGGGUGCUUCCACAUGCUUAAUAUAACUACUAAUUUAAAUAUAUUAUAUUAAAAAUUAUAAAAAUAUCUUAUUAUUAACUUUUUUAUUGAUAAUUAUCGAUAAAUAUAUAAAUAUAUUAUAUGAUAAGCAUAAAUUUAUUUUAUGAUGAUGAUAAUAAUCAAAACAAUACUUUUCUAUUUGAUAUUUAAAACUUUUUUUAUUUAAGUUUCAUUUCGAAAAUAAUGAUUUAUGUAACAUGACAUUUACGUUUACACAUAUAUAAUAACAAAAUUAUUUCAUACAAUAAUAAUAAUUAUGAACGAUUACUUU